GGCAUUAAUAAUCACAGUCUCUUAUUAGUCCUAAUAACCCUAAUAAUGGCUUACAACCUUAAUCUCUCAUUGUCUUCUCCUCCUCCUCCUCCUUCUCCUUCGUCUUCCCUAAAGGCGGCGCUUCGCCGUCUAAACGGGAACAGCCUCAGCUUCACAAACAUUAGCUACGCCGCCACCGAUUACGGCAACAUUAUCCACAAUGCCCCGCUCGCCGUCCUGUACCCGGCCUCCGUGGACCAGAUUGCCCGAACCGUAGAGCUGGCUUCCUUAUUAAAGCCCUUCACGGAGCUGACGAUCGCCGCCGCCGGAAACCGGCACUCCAACGGCGGGCAGGGGCAGGCGAAGAACGGGAUCGUGGUAGACAUGGGGUUGUCGAGCCUGUACGAAACGCAGGUUUUCCCGAAGGAAAACCCGCCUUACGUGGAGGCGUGGGGCGGGGCGAUGUGGAUAACGGUGUUGAACAAGACGCUGGAGUACGGGUUGGCCCCGAGGUCCUGGACGGAUUACUUGCAUAUUUCCGUCGGUGGGACCCUCUCGAAUGCCGGGAUUAGCGGGCAGGCUUUCCGGUACGGCCCACAGAUCAGCAAUGUGCUGCGGCUCGAGGUUGUCACAGGAGUUGGUGAAAUUGUGAAUUGUUCCGCAACGGAGAACGAGGACCUCUUCUAUGCUGUUCUUGGAGGACUUGGGCAAUUUGGCAUUAUAACUAAAGCAAGAAUCAUCCUUGAACCGGCGCCACAAAAGGUUAAACAGAUUAAGGCAUUCUAUACAAACUUCACAGACUUCACGAGGGACCAAGAGUUCUUAAUAACUUCGGAGAAGACAUUUGAUUACAUAGAAGGAAUGGUGUUGAAGAACAAGUCGGAAGCACCCCAAUUCCGCCUCGAAGUCAACAAGAACUUCAACGACAACGACGACCCCAGCAAAGUGAAAGCGGACAUCGAUGGAUUGUUGUCCAACUUAAGCUACAUACCAUCAACACUAUCGAUAACGGAGUCGAGCUACGUCGAUUUCUUGGAAAGGGUUUACAGUGCAGAGCUGUUCUUGGAUAGCAUAGGGCUGUGGCAAGGAGGAGAUGUGGCACACCCAUGGCAGAACCUCCUCAUGCCUAAGAAGGAUAUCCACACUUUUGCAUCUCAAGCUUUUUACAAUCUCAUCACGGAUUCAAGCUUGGGACCUAUCAUUGUCUACCCAUUGAACAAGUCAAAGUGGGACAACAGAACAUCAGUGGUUCUGCCGGAAGGAGACGACGAGAUCUUCUACGCCGUCUCCAUCCUUCCACGAGCAAACAUCUCCUCCAACGGAACCGACGGCCUGCAAAACAUGCUGAACCAGAGGAAGAAGAUCUCCGACUUCUGCGAGUCCGCCUCCAUCGGAGCCAAGCAGUACCUGCCGUACUACGAGACCCCGGCGGAGUGGCAGACCAAGCAGUACGGCCCCCAGCGUUGGAAAGUCCUCGCGCAGAGGAAGGAAACCUACGACCCUUCCUGUGUUCUUGCUCCCGGACAGAACAUUUUCACCACCGCCAAUUGCCCCGGCGCCGGCGCCGGCGGGUUUAACUAACUAGUAACUCAAACAAAUACGUAUACCUACUACUCUUUGUAAUAAUACUACGUCGUACGUACAUACUGCUGAAAUACGUACGUGGAAUAUAUGUGUGUGUGUGUGGCUCUCUCUCUAUUACUACGUUAUAUAUAUACAGGUAAUGAUGAUAUAUAUACUCUGCAUGCAUGCUAGAGAAUAUAUACUAACCCCUAUU